AUCUGUGCCUCUGCCGGGACAAGUGUGUGUUACCAAAAGCGCGCUUUUAUGGAAGAACCGAUCAAAAGCAAUUGUAAAAAUAUAGAAUUCGCACAGUUUCAAACCAUUUGUUCCACAGGGCUGCGAUAAAUAGUGGCUACUGUCUACGAGUUGGCCGAGUUUGGAGGAAACAAACGCCGUAAAAGUAUUGCAUCGACUGUGACAAGUUUCAUUUGUUGCUGCAUGUAGUACAUUGGUUCACAUAAAAGAUGUCACAGAAAAUGAAGAAACCAUCGACAAAGCCGUCGUCGACAACGACGACUACUUCUGCCAGCAGCACCGCAGCAUCCCAGCACCCGAUGGCUCCACCUAGCAGUGCCCAGUCCGUCUCCUCGUCUGCCUCGUCCGUCUCGAGCGCCUCGGAGUCAAUGGAGACCGCCCUCAGUCCGUCGCGGCGCAGCCGACUGCACGAGAAGAACAGCCUGAUGAACCUGAACGACCGGCUUGCGUGUUACAUCGAACGGGUGCGCUUUCUCGAGCAGGAGAACUCGCGCCUCUCGCUCGAGCUGACCAACUUUCAGGAGACGGCCCACCGGGAGGUGUCGGGACUGAAGUCGAUCUACGAGCACGAGCUGGCCGACGCCCGCAAGCUGCUCGACGAGACGGCCCGGGACAAGGCGAAGGUGGAGAUCGAUGCGAAGCGCUACUGGGAGGAGAACGAGCAGCUGCGGGUGAAACUGAACCGGCGCACGAAGGAGCUGAGCGAGCUGGAAAAGUCGGCUCGUGCCAGCGAGUCCCGAUGCGUCGAGCUGACGGCCAGCUACAACACGCUCUGUUCGGAGCGCAAGAAACUGCAGGAGGAGCUGUCCGAGGUGGAGAAGGAAGCGGACGCGCUGCGGCGAUCAGCCGAAGCGAUGCGCAAGGAUUUGGAGCAGGAGACGCUGCUGCGGGUCGACCUGGAGAACAACGUGCAGAGCUUGCGGGAAGAGCUGACGUUCAAGGACCAGAUUCACAGUCAGGAACUGAGCGAAAGCAAACUGCGCCGCCAGAGUGAGAUCAGCGAAAUCGAUGGGUUCCUCAUGGAGCAGUACGAGACGAAGCUGCAGCAGACGCUUCAAGAUUUGCGCGACCAGUACGACCAACAGCUGCGGCACAACCGGGACGAGCUGGGCGAACGGUUUGAGGGACGCAUCCAGGAUUUGGAGGAUCGGCUCGGAGAGGAACGUGCUCGCCAUGAGGCGGAGAAGGCGACGCUCAGUGACGCACUGGAUCGUAUGCGCAACGAGAUGGCGGUGCAGCUGAAGGACUAUCAGGACCUGAUGGACAUUAAAGUGUCGCUCGACAUGGAGAUCGCGGCGUACGACAAACUCCUCUCGUCGGAGGAAACCCGGCUCAACAUGGCACCGAGCGUGAGCAGUUCCAGCUCGGCGGGGGUGUUCAGUUCCAGUGCAUCCCGCAUCUUCCGCACCCCGUCACUCAAGCGAAAGCGCAACACCCUGGACGAGUCGCUCGACUAUUCCGUGCUUGCCAGCGCCAAAGGCGACAUCGAGGUAACCGAGGCGGAUCCCGAGGGCCGAUUCGUUCGGAUCACCAACAGAUCGAAGCAGGAGUACCGACUGGACGGAUGGCAGCUUGUGCGACGGCCUACGGACGCUCCGGAAGUGUGCUUCCGUUUUCCAAAGUCGGCCAAAAUCGAAGGCAACGGCAUGGUGACGGUUUGGGCGAGCGUUGCCAACCGCAAACCUGACCCCCCGACCGAUCUGGUGAUGAAAAGUGCCGCCCUCUGGACGGUAACCGAUACGAUGGCGACGGUGCUAGUGAACGGCGAAGGGGAAGAGGUAGCGCUGCUCGAACGACACCGGACGGUUCGUGCACCCAAGGACAAGUACUUCCACGAGGAAAGCGGUGGCCGACUGGCCGUUUCGUCCAAGUCUUCGCCGAAGGGAACCACCAAUGGGGUUUCCAGAAACGACGAACAAUGCUGUGUUAUGUAGAGGAAUGUCGAGGAUGUUGUCGUUCGGCUUGCUCAAAUCAAUUUUGUGUUACAUCCUAUUUUCCGUUUUUGGUUUGUUUUUUCAAUGUUUGGAAAAAAGGGGAAAAAUAAAAUAUUAUAAAUAAAUGAAUGCAAACAAAAUAUAUUUUGUGUUUGCAAAAUCAAAAACUCCCAACGUA